UGCAGAUUCAAGGCCAAAACAAGAAAUGGAGAAAACUUCAAUCAAACUACCACUCUUACUGGCUCUUUUCAUGCUUGCAUCUUUAUUGCCAUUAACUGUGAUGGCACAGAUAAGUGUAGGGCCAAAUAAGAAGCAGUUGUUCAUGACUGGGCAGCUUUGCAAGUCUCAUGAUGACUGCAAAGCCAACAGUGUAUACUCAAGCAACUUCUGCAUCAACAAAAUCUCUGGAUCUGAAAUGGGUCAUUGUGCUGGAUUUGACUCCACUUUGGGAAUGGAGCUAAAGGAAAGCAAGGCAAAGGGUACUUGUGGAAAGUGUAAAACUGACGCCGAUUGCAAGAGUUGUCCAGUGACUUCUGGUUGCGAGAAAAUUAUUUUAGACGGCGCUUGUGUGUAAUCCGCCCGCCAAUCAUUAAUAUAAUAUUGUAUUUCUUUCCUAAUAAUAAUACAAUAUAAUGGCGUCUCAUAUGUAUGUCAAGAUGAAUCAUAUGUAUGUAGUUUAAGAGAUAGGACGGGUUAUGCUUAUGCAUGUAUAAUGUAUAACCUACUUUCUAAAUAAAUUCCCUUUUUAACUUAUUA